AUGUCAAACUUCAAUUUCAAUGAGUCUGACGACGAAAGCUUGUCCGAAUUCGAAAGACUCGAGUCUACUUUACCAGAACCACUUAAAAGAUCGGCAUCAUCGCUUUUGCUAAGUUUGAACAAUAAUUCUCUGCCUUCUAAUGUGCCAUCGCUCUCAGGCAAUUAUGGUGGGACAUCGAGUUGGUUGAAUGAGGGACAUCCAUCAGCUAGAGCACCACCAGUUCCUACUUCGCAUAAGAAUCACUUGAUAAAUAAGCUAUCUAGAAGUGAGGGGAGGGAGUCAUCACCGGUUCCAAUCCCAAGACCUAAGUUCAAUGAGGAAAUUAACAAGCCUGCGAUGAAUACAAGCCAAUCAUCGACCGGGGUAUUGUGGGUGACAGAAAGAGCUGGUGAGUACGGAUUCAAUAAUCAAGAUUCGUGGGCUAAUUUAGGACAAGGUGCGCCUGAACAUGGUGAUACCAUUCCUGGGUCUUUCAAGAGACCAACAUCGAUCCCAAUAUCUGAACACAGUAAAGAGUACGCUCCAACUGCAGGUAUCAAGGAAUUACGUCAUGCAGUUGCCAAUUUGUAUAAUGAAACCUACCGUAAAGACAAGCAUUCUAAAUAUACCUAUAAGAAUGUGUGUAUCGUUCCAGGUGGGAGAGCAGGCUUAACAAGAAUUGCUUCUAUUAUCAGUGAUUGUUACUUGUCUUUCUUCUUACCCGACUAUACUGCGUAUGCAGAAAUGUUGUCAUUAUUUAAGAAUUUUUCGCCUAUACCGGUACCAUUGAAAGAACUGGAUAAUUAUGAAUUCCACUUAGAAAUGAUCAAAAAUGAAUUAAUGAGAGGGGUGAGUGCAUUGUUGACAUCUAAUCCAAGAAACCCUACUGGUAAGUGUAUGUCAAGGGAGCAAUUGUCUUCGUUACACAAAUUAUGUGAAGAUAAAUGCUUGUUGAUUAUGGAUGAAUUCUACUCCCACUACUAUUACGAUGAUGGUUGUUCAGGGUCUUCUAUUUCAAGUGCUGAAUUUGUUCAAGACGUCAAUCGUGAUCCAGUUUUGAUUUUGAACGGGUUGACCAAGGCUUUUAGAUUACCUGGAUGGAGAAUUUGUUGGAUCUUAGGGCCAGAAGAAUAUAUUAACUCAUUAAGUAGUGCCGGGUCUUUCCUUGACGGUGGUUCAAAUGCACCACUUCAAUACGCUGCAAUUGACUUUUUGAAUCCUGGUCUCGUUAGAAAUGAAAUGAGGGCUUUACAAGUACAUUUCAAAAUGAAAAGAGAUUAUAUAAUUCAGAGAUUAUCUAAAAUGGGCUUUGAAUUCAAUGAAAGGAAUACACCAAACUCUACAUUUUAUCUUUGGUUGAAUUUGUCACAUUUGCCAGGAAAGUUAUCAAACUGUUUGGGUUUCUUCCAUGAAUGUUUGCAUGAAAAGGUGAUUAUUGUACCAGGAUUUUUCUUCUUAAUUAAUCCUCAAAACUUAUCUAAAUUAGAGGAUGUUAUUUGGUAUAAUUAUGUGAGAAUCAGUUAUGGCCCUGAGUAUAACCAAUUAGUCAAGGGUAUGGAUGGUAUUGAACGAAUAUUAAAAAGAUUUAAUUGUCUUCCAUACGAUAUUUAG